AUUUUGCCCCUCUUUCCUCCUGGUCGUUCCCCUCCCCUUUUGGUCCCUGGCUCCAGAGACCCACGUCCCCCACACCUGCAUCUUCGGCAAUGAUCUACAGAGCCCUGCCUGCCCCUUCUCAGCUCCCUCCUGCCUGCACCCGACUCGGGCCCCUUCCUGACUUGCCUUAUUUAUUUGUUCGACGCGUCUCUGAAUGUAUCUGCCUCGGUCCCCAUCUCUGCCUUCGCUGCGCCGCCCCUCGUGUUUCAGGGCUGACCGUGCCCCUACCCCGACUCCGCAUGUUUGCGUCCGUUUCCUCCCUUUCUGGCCCUGUCUUCCCCCAACACCCUGACUCUGGCCACCAAACCCUGGGGCCAAAGGGGAGGGGUUGUACAUAGGAACGCGUUGCGGAGUCCCGCCCCUGUCUCCCGAGAGGAGGGGGCCUGUACAUACUGUAACAUACAGAGUAUAGUGAAGAAUCUAUUUAAGGCGCCGCGGGGAGGGCUGCGCGGCCGGGCUUGCGGUUCCCUGGCGCGACGGGGACCUCCUGCCGGCUCCACGAGCACUUUCUACUUGUGCAUGGGCUUGAUUUAUACGAAUUGCCAUUAAACAUCACUGCACCAGCCAGCCUCGGCCUAUGUCUAAGGGGGGCGGGGCGGGGCCCCGGCCAGCGGGAGGUGCCCACGCGCGGCGGACCUCGGAUCCACGCCCGGGCCGGGCGGGCGCGUGGUUUUCCGCCUCCGACGUGUUUCCGGCCUUAAAGGCAUUUUGCCCUUCCCUUUAAAACGCACCGCCCCCCUCUCAGUCACUCCCAAGAUGGCGGACCUACUGGGCUCCAUCCUGAGCUCCAUGGAGAAGCCACCCAGCCUCGGUGACCAGGAGACUCGGCGCAAGGCCCGAGAGCAGGCUGCCCGCCUGAAGAAACUACAGGAGCAAGAGAAACAACAGAAAGUGGAGUUUCGUAAAAGGAUGGAGAAGGAGGUGUCAGAUUUCAUCCAAGACAGCGGGCAGAUCAAGAAAAAAUUUCAGCCAAUGAACAAGAUAGAGAGGAGCAUACUACACGAUGUGGUGGAAGUGGCUGGCCUGACAUCCUUCUCCUUUGGGGAAGAUGAUGAAUGUCGCUAUGUCAUGAUCUUCAAAAAGGAGUUUGCACCCUCAGAUGAAGAGCUAGACUCUUACCGUCGAGGAGAGGAAUGGGACCCCCAGAAAGCUGAGGAGAAACGGAAACUGAAGGAAUUGGCUCAGCGGCAGGAGGAGGAGGUGGCCCAAAAGGGACCUGUGGUGGUGAGCCCUGCCAGUGACUACAAGGACAAGUAUAGCCACCUCAUUGGCAAGGGGGCAGCCAAGGAUGCAGCCCACAUGCUUCAGGCCAACAAAACCUAUGGCUGUGUACCUGUGGCGAACAAGAGGGACACACGCUCCAUUGAAGAGGCCAUGAAUGAGAUCCGAGCCAAGAAGCGUCUGCGGCAGAGUGGAGAAGAGUUGCCACCUACCUCCUAGGCACCUCACUCAGCUCCCUUUGACCCCUGGGGCAGGGCAGGGGGCAGGCAGGGACAAGGCUGCUGCUAUUAGAACCCAUCAUGGAGCCCCAUCUCUGAACCACUUCUGACCAGCUGCUGCUCAGGCUGGGGGAAGCUGGUGUUUAUCACUGUUGGAGCUUAGAUAUGUAUGUGCUGUGUGUGUUGUGCGAGAGUGAGUAUGAAUGCACAGGUACCGGGUAUUUAAUCUGUAUUAUUCUCCAUUCUCCUUAGAAAUUUCCUUCCCCAUGGGGCUGGGGUUACUUUACUUUACAUUCAAUAAAUACUGUUUGACCCAA